CCCUGUGUGGUCGCCUAGUGUGUGGUUGUGACGGUGCUUUAAACGUAUUAUUUGUCAUGAUUUCUCCCCACAGAAUGUAACAAGGCAGUGGGCAUGGAGGAGCUGGGCAGCUACCUGUCGCACGGCGGCACGGCCGGCUGCAUGGCCUACGCCGAGUCGCUGUCGCCGCACGUCAGCAGUCCCGACUCGCGCUGCAUCCUCUGCGACUCGUACAUCACCAGCUCGACCGAGCCGCCCACCGGCGUCGACAUCAACGGCUUCCGGCUGCCGAGCACGCAGGAGACGUUGGCCGAGAAGCUGGACACGGUGGUGCACCCUGGCUGCGGCACCUCGGUCCAUGCGGCCGCACACCACUGGCAGAUGAAGUUCAUCUGCAUGUCGUGCUCGGCGGUGGUCAUGACGCUCGACUCUUACGAAACCAAGAUCCUGGAGAUCCGAGAGGAGAUCAAGCGCAAGUUCGUCGACAUGAUGAAGAUCAGGGCAGAGAAGUACGGCCAGCUGCAGCCGCCGCCGCCGCCGCCGCCCGUGUCGCUGGCACCGACGCUGGUGAAGCGGGAGCCGGGCGACGAGUCGGCUGCGGCGGUGGACGACCCGGCCGGCGAGCGGCCGGAGUGCGAGGUGGAGCUGCACGAGCCGGCGGCCGGCGGCCAAGUGUCGCCGCACGCCGAGCUCACCUGCCCCAUUUGCAACAAACAGUUUCGCAACAAGUACAACCUGAAACGGCAUAGCACCGUGCACGCCGACGUCAAGCCGUUCAGCUGCGAGUUCUGCACGCGCGCCUUCCGCCAGAAGGACCACCUGAAGACGCACACCCGCUCGGGGCCGACGGCGGCGCCGCUGGCGUGCGCGCCCUGCGGCCUCACAUUCCCCUGCUUCACGCUGUUCUCCGAACACCGGCAGCAGUACCACAGCGAUGUGGGCGACAACGCGUGCCGCCACUGCGAGUUUGUGUUCACCACGCCGACCGAGCUGCGGCGCCACUGUCGCCAGGCGCACCCGCACCCGGUGAAACAGGAGUUCCGCUGCUCCGUGUGCGGCCGCGACUUCCCCAACGGCUUCAACUUGCGGCGCCAUCACCUGACGCACUCUGGCGAACGGCCGUUCGGCUGCGACGUGUGCGUCAACGUGACACGGCCUCAGGUCACCGACCCGUACCAGAUAGUACCAGCUGGCGACGACUACCGACUCGUUUUUAUCAGCUCCGACUCGUCGCGCGACUCGGAGCGUGACGUGCGGCGGGAGUGCCGCGGCUCACGCGCCGCCGCCGAUUCGAGUGGCGCGGACUCGGAGCGCGGCUUCCUGGAGGAGGCCGACUGGGAGCAGUACAGACGCGACGGCGGCGCCACGUCCGAGACGGCCUCAGUGUCUGACGCGGAGGAGACGGCGCCGCGGCACCGCACCAGCGACUACAGCGGUUCACUCUCAAACCUCCCCGAGGCCGGCGUCGACUCGCUCAGCUCGGACAUGGAGGAGGAGAACCGCAAGAACGCGGCCGUGUCGGCGCUCGACGACGCCGGCUCGUGCCGCAUUGAACAGUGCGCGCCCGAGUCCAAGGUGGACGACUCAGAGUCGGACGAGUCCACGUGUGAAUACGACCUGUUGGACGCGGCCGAGCGGUACGACCGCGACCGGGCCGUCAACAGGAUUCCGACUGAGAGCGAGAGCUCGGCGACGGCCGACACCACGCGCUCGGACGACUCGGACAGCUCCGACUCGGAGACGCACGUCAAGCGCACGUACGUGCUCAACGCCAGCUCGUCGGUGGAGGAAAUGCUGGACAGCGGCACCGACUCGCCGCUGACGGUAAAAGUGGAGACAACAAGCGCCGUUCAGACCAACAACACAGGGAUCGUGCACAGUGACGACAAACUGGAACCAUCGGAUGUGCCCGGCUGUGAGUCGGGACCGCUCGAGCGUUCGGACGGCCCGCAGCAAGAGGCGACUCCCGAGGUUCAGAUGCAGAUGCGGGGGAGAGGGAGGCCGCUGCAGAAGAUCCGACGCCAAACAUUCCACUUGCUGACGCCGCGGAAGAAAAACCAGCUGCUGAAUCUCCGACACCGGGGUGCCCAGCUGCUAACGCAGUGGAAGAACUGA